GCCGCUGUGGCCGCUGGGACAACUUCCGGGUCGCGCGAGAGGUCGUGAAGGGCGACAGGCGCCAUGUGGACGCUGCUACUCGCGCUCCUGGCGCACUUCUUUAAAGGACGAGAGCCGCGGCAUGAACGCACACUCCUCGCCAUCAAGCCCGAUGGCGUGCAGCGAAGGCUCAUGGGAGACAUCGUCAAGCGCUUCGAGGGCAAGGGCCUCAAGUUGGUCGCCAUGAAGUUCCUCAAGCCGCCCGUCGCACUUCUGCAGCAGCAUUACAUCGACCUCAAGGACAAGGCGUUCUACAGCAGUCUCGUGCAGUUCAUGAACUCGGGUCCUGUGCUCGCGAUGGUGUGGGAGGGGAAUGGCGUCGUGCGCACCUGCCGACGGAUGCUUGGGGAGACCGACCCAGCGGACUCGGCGCCCGGCACCAUCCGCGGGGACUUCUGCAUCGACAUCGGGCGAAACGUGAUCCAUGGAAGCGACUCGGAGGAGAGUGCCCAGAAGGAGAUCUCCCUGUGGUUCCAGCCGGAGGAGCUGGUCACUUGGUAUAGCAACACGGAGGCCUGGGUUUACGAGUAAUGGAGGCCGUGCCAUUCGCAGAUAUUUCUCUUCUCAACAUUUGCUGCCUACUGAUCUAUUUCCAUCCAAACACGCUACACCUCGAAGGCUUGUUUAGUUUGGUAAAUAAAAGCUACGUUUGUUCGUCUAGAUCAUCGAGGUGAAACGCCUUGAUAGAAUACCUCGCUGCACAAAGCUGCCUCUUGUUUUGCGAUUCCGUCCAAGUACAACACCUUUACAAGAGUAAAAAAAAAAGCAAAGCUGGAUUAAAAAAUGUUGGUGAGAACCCAGAGUUUCCAUACAGCUUCAACAAUUUAUACCUGAGAAUACGAUAUUUUAUAUAAUUGCAGAAGCAGUUUGCAGCACUAAAAGCAGAAUGGAAGGCACCUUGCCACACAGAGGUCUUUAGGCAGUGGCGGACUGUGCAUGCCGGUUGUCUUGCCUUGCACGAUGUCGUGUGCUUAUGGGUGGUGGCUGGUUUCGGGGUCUUGCUGCUUAUUUGCGGGUGAUGCAGAGACACGUUUAGUUGGUGUCUACACGAGGUCAGUGCAGUGUCUUAAUUUAGUCUGUCCACGUGUCUCCAGCUGUCUUGAAUAACAAAUAUAAAGCUGUUUAUGUCUACAGCCUAAACUAUGAAAACUUCGCUGGUUAUUUGCAUAAAACAGCUGGAGUAAUAUUCUUCAGGAGAAAAUGAAAGCCGUGUAAGCAAAGCGACACCACUUUAUGGAGUUUAUGCAAGUAGCCAGACACGUGGGUCGUUCACUCAAGUAAAAAAUAACUUGUUUUUUUUAGGCCAAUAAAAUACAUCAUUGUUCCCAGA